CUCCGGCCACAAUGUGCAGCGAAUGCUACGUGAAUCAGUCAUUUGUGAACGAUGACGGGACCGUGAGCGAGCACAAACCACGCCCUUCUCCAGCACCACUUCAGUCUAAUAGCAGCUGCAGCAGUGGAGUUAUCUUAGACAUCUCCUCUCUGAAGAUGGAGCAGAUGGAGAGCGAGGUGCCUCCGCUGCCGCCCCGCUUCCGCUUCAGAGACCUGCUGCUCGGGGACCAGAGCUUCCAGAAUGAAGACAGGUAUGAGUUGUGAUGAAGAGAAGCUGUAGGGUGAGAGGUGUGGCCAAGGUCCGAGAGGUUCCUUUAGAAGUUAAAACAUUUGUAAAGUUGUGAAGGAGAUACCAGCUCUGUGUAAGAGGAGAGAAGCUGCAGAACUUUUUCAGUAACUGCUGUCCAUGUUCAAAAUGUUUCAGCAACAAAUUUAAUCAACAGCUGCUUUGAUAAACCUUCUAAAAAAUUAUUUUACACAAAGGUUUGUUGUUGCCAAAAAGUUGAUUUUGUAAAUAAUUUCUUUUGAGGUAAAAUAAAUACUCGUAUUUCACCCACCGCUGAUUGCAACAUGGUUAGCAUUUUUGAGACAUCAUUCAAAGAAACAGAUAACAAAAAAGAAGAAAAAAGGCUAAAACUGAGCAGGUGCAUUGAUAUUAAGCUGCAGAUCGUCUGCUUGUUUCAAACAGGAUCUUUACCUUUAAACCCAAGUCCAACUGCUAUAAUUAUCCAUCAUAGUCACCCUGUUGUUCAUUUUCAGUGUCAUUUGCAUGCAUUAGCUGCAUAUGUUUGUCACUUGCUCUAGUCAACACAUAUGGCUUUUUUUUACUUUUACUGAUUGCUAAACCUCUUUUUUAUGCAGCUAACAAAAGCCUUUAAUUGACAUACACCCCCGAUCCACUCAGGGGCCACUAUUUUCAGUAAUUAUACAGCAACAGGAACAGGAACAUGAUUGUGCUUGGAGGUUUUCACCUUUUCUACCUCCUGCAGUCUGAGAAAACAAAAGUGCAUUUAAAGUUUUUUUUUCGUCUCUUGUUUGGAUAGUUUUCCAUUUAAGUUUAUUUAAAUAAACAUAGAAGCUCCAAGAUUUUCUUUGUUGUUUGUGGUACUGUCCAUGGUGCUGAAAUGGGAAAAAAUGCAUUAUCUGGCUUAUGCUGCAUUUUUAUACUUACUUUAUUUAUUUUAUUCUGGGAGAGCAAACAUUGCCACAGUUAUAAGUUGUUCCUGGAGAAGUUACUUUGCAUGUUCUUGCAACUUGCAAGCAAAACGUUAAAAUUAUAUAACAUAUAAGUAAGGUUGUUCAAUUUUUAAAGUCUGACAAAGGUAAAAGAAAAGUUCCAGUUUCUUUUAAACAUAAUUAUUAAAACGAAAGUGUGUAGUUUCCUGCCACUAAGGGCAGUACAUACAUUUCAGGGUAGUUUUACACCACAUCACCGUGACUGUUGCUAGUUAAAAAGAAACAUUGCAGUGAAUGUUACCUGUGGAGCAGAAAGCAUGAACCGUAGCGUAACUCCUCAGACUUCCAUGGUCCUUAAGUUAAUUCCUUCGAAAGAAUGAAAUGCCAAUGCUAGUUUUCUGGCGUUGUAGUUUCUGGAUCAUCUUGGGGUCCCGAGCCUGCUGAUGACAUCAUCACACUACAGCAAUAUCACUCGGCCAAAACAUAUUACAUCAAUUCUGUUCUUCCACUUAUGUUGUGCAAAGAGUUUAGCAGUUUUGUUUAUAAAUUCUGGCUUCUUACUGCCUAAAUGUUUUUGAACAUGGUCAUGGAACUUCCAUAAGUUGUACAACUAGCCAAUCAUCUAGUGUGACAUCAUUGAAAGGCACAGGACCCCGAGCUGGCCAGAAGGAAUCAUGGAGUGUUUCUCAAUGUCAAGGAACCUUGCCUUGAUGCCUUGAUGUCUUGGCCCUGCCCCGGUUGCCUAGGAGAUACGUCAUUAGAAGCCGCCAAGACGUGUUCCAAUCGCUUCCAAUGUUCAUGUUCUACCGAGGCGUGUGUCCUCCGUUUGUUAGCUGCUUAGCUAGCUGAGCAAGGACACAUGGGAGGUGUCUUGUAACCUAGCCUUGGUCAAAAAUUACCCAGAAUACACUGCGGUACUUUAAAAAGGAUGGCGGAUCAGAAGCCGACAGCUACUUCAGGGACAAAUUUCAAGUCAACUAAUUUAAAAUGUUUUUUUAGAUCCAAAGAAGUUAUCUAUUGUUGGUUAGUUGCUUAGUAGUUGCAGCUUCGUUGGCUAGCGGGUACUAACUCACUUAUAUUUUUUAUUUAAUAAACAUAUACACAAUUUAAAAAGUAAAAGACUUGUUAUAUAAUUAUACUGAAACUAAUACGUAUAAAAUAUAACAUUGUCUCCCGUGUCACAUUUAAAACAAAAUUCAUGAUUUUUGGUAACAGGAAGACAGAUGAUUCUGCUACUUUGUCCAUGGAUGGUACUUCAGUUGAAAGAGUAAAUGAAGUAAGAUUUUAGGGGUCAUCUUGGAUCAUAAACUUAAUUGGAAACCCCAUAUAAAAUAUAUAAAACAAAAACUGUGUAAAAGUAUUGGACUUUUAAAUAAAGUAAAAGUAUUUUGGAGUCAUCAACACUUCAUUUAUUAUAUUAUCCAUUUAUUGUUCCAUACUUGACUUAUUGUAUAGAGGUUUGGGGCAACACAUAUUAAACAAACACUAAUCCUUUGUUUUUAUGACAGAAGAAAGCUAUGAGAAUUAGAUAUAACGUAGAUGCUAGAGAACAUACCAAUAGACUUUUUAUUGAAUCAAAAAUUAUGAAAUUCAAGGAUCUGGUUAAUUUGAAAACUUUACUAAUUAUGUUCAGGGCAAAAAAGAGGUUACUGCCAGUGAAGUUACAGAAGUUUUUUGUUUUGAUUUCAAAUGAUGGAAAGAAUAGAAAGAAGCAUGAGUUUAAAAGAUUUUUUGCACAAACAACAUUAAAGCAAAUGUGUAUUUCAGUAAAUGGAAUAAAAUUAUGGAAUAAUCUGGAUCAUGACCUGAAAAAAUGUUUAACUACCGAUCAAUUUAAGAGACUAUAUAAAGAAAAAAAUCAUAGAAUCUUAUGAUUGAUAAGUAAAUAUUGAAUGAGUAUAUUGAUACGUUUUAUUGUGAUUUUGUUUACAAAGAUAAGGAAGUUCUAUACUUGGUUUGUGUGUAAAGCCAUUCUGUACAUUAUAUAGUAUGAAGUAGAAAGGGGUAGGUCAUACAAGACUUCUUCUUCCUCCCCCUUUUUUCACUUAGGAGACUGUUGAUGAUUGUAUUUUGCAUGAAUGAUGAAUGAAACUGCUGAGUGAGAAAAUAAAUUAACAAUUAACAUGACGUUACGUGACCACCGUGGAAGCUGUGGUCAUGUGAUGCAAGUCUGUUACAUUUAGCCGUUUUCUUUGACCAAGGAAGGACAAUGUCCUCAUAAGUAAGGCGCCUGGCCUUGCAAGACAUUGCCUCGCAAGGCCAGGCGCCUUGACAUUGAGAAACACCCAUGGCGUCUAAUAUGGCAUCUCCCAAACACGCUAGACCCGCACUCUAUGCACUUUAGACUUGAUUUUUAUGCCUAUAUUUUACAAAGCCGCCAAUAUUUUUAAAUAACUGGACAUAAUUUUAUUCAUUUUCAGCAAUGUUUUGAUGAAUAUUUCUAGAUUGAUGGUAAAAACUACACUUUGUCUCUUUAAAUUAUUUUUUUAAGCUCCAGAAUGUAAUAACAAUUAAAUGCAUUUCUUAAGUCUGUCUAACAAUAUUCGUUUGUUGCGUUUGAGACUAAACAGCAAAAUCAUGAAACUAUAUUUAAUUUGACUUUUUCACAAAAAUCUCUCUAGAAAACUUUUCUUUCCUUUCAAAAACAUUGUUUUAAAAUCAUAAAUUAUUGAAUCAAGAGAAAAAAAAGAUCUGACACAUUAUUUUAUUUCACUUUUCUUGCUUUUCAGGUCUUCUAUAUAUUUUCUGUUACCUUCAAAUAGCUGUGCUGUUCAAAAUUACCUUUCAGUCCAAGAUGACCUUUUAUUCAGCACAACAAUCCUUAUUUAAAUAUUUAGCAAUGUUUUCUGUUCUGCCAUUUAGUCCAGAAGCUUCAGGUUGGAUCCACAGUGGUCUUCACCCAAACCUUACAGAAGCUCUCAGUGAAUUCAAAUGUUCCCUUCUUUCAAGGCUGCAGAAACACACUCAAAUAGACACAAAGGAGCAGCUAAAUAUCAACCAUAGUUAGCGUUGUGCAUUACCGCCUUCUAUCUGCAGUUUGAGUUUUCACAUUUUCCCUCAUUUUAAGAGCUUUCAUUUCCUGACUUUGAAGUGGGGAAGCCUUUAUGAGCUAAAUAUAGAGAUGACAAAUGUCACAUAAUUCACAGGCAGAAGUCUCAUUGUGAUGUAAAGGGUUCACGUGGAACUCAAAAAGCCACGCUGAGUGGAUGGACCCGCGUGGGCAGAAGCUGGUUCAAGUGGAGUGGCCUCUUCCUGUAGUUUCAAAAGCACUGACUCAUGAAAGAGGUCAUCUAUAAAUUAGUGCUUCAGACUUCACGUUCGGAGAAGGAAAAACAUCCAGAGGUUCAGACGGCAGCUUUUAGGCUUUUCCUUUUGGUUUUUAUUAAAUCGUUCACAUCACCAGAGCAGGAAAAUGAACAGCGUAAUUUAUUAACACAAUGAACAGGAUUUCAGGGUCGUCAAAAACAGAAAUCAGCGUUUCUGUCAAACCUCCAGAACAUCUCAGCUGAUGUCUACCUCUUUCCAUGGUGCUGCAUGGAGAGGUCCCCAGCACAGCAACAUCAGUGUGGAUUAUUCCUUUCGUUGCUGUGGCAACAGGCCCGCACACAGGAAAGAGAGGGAGAAGAAAAAGAUUGUAUACACCUCUAAAAAUAUUCACAUUCUUCACGAAUAAAUGAAUCGUCAAGCCAGCGCAGGUUUAUUUUCCAUGUUCUGAUCUGUUACUCAAAGAACGACAGGAAGAUGUUUGUCUGAGCUGCAUGUUGAAGAAGCUCGUUGAUCAACCAGAUUUAAAGACUUUGGACUUGCUGCACUUUGCAGCUACAAGUGUCGUGCACGAUGGAUCCAGAAUGCAUCAUCCACACCUGGGUCAGUCCAGCUGUGGGUACGUGGAGGUCGGACGCUUUCGGCAGUGCCGCGGGACAGAGGGUGCAGGUUGAGUUUUAUGUGAAUGAAAACACCUUCAAGGAGCGUCUGAAGCUCUUCUUCAUCAAAAACCAAAGAUCAAGUCUCAGGAUUCGUGUGUUUAACUUCUGCCUGAAGCUGCUCACCUGCUUGUUGUACAUCAUCAGAGUGAUGACAGACAGGCCCGGCCAGGGCAGCGGUGGCAGCCACGCUGCUGCUCAACAGAGCACUACGAACGGGAACAACAAAUGCAUUGAUUGCCUGCUGAAUGGAUCAGUGCAGGAUCGAGAAAUUCACUGGGAGUUGAUCUUUUGGGUGGAUAGGAAGGCUCCUGUCUGGGCCAUUCAAGUGAUUGUUGCCAUCAUUAGUUUCCUGGAGACGAUGUUACUGAUGUACCUGAGCUACAAGGGGAACAUCUGGGAGCAGAUUUUUCAGGUGUCCUUUCUCUUGGAGAUGAUCAACACCGUUCCUUUUAUUAUAACGAUCUUCUGGCCGUCGAUAAGAAACAUCUUCAUCCCCGUGUUUCUCAACUGCUGGCUGGCUAAAUGUGCUUUGGAGAAUAUGAUUAACGACGUGCACAGAGCAAUCCAGAGGACGAACUCGGCGAUGUUCAACCAGGUCCUCAUUCUGAUCUGCACCUUGCUUUGUCUCGUCUUCACAGGAACAUGUGGGAUUCAGCACCUGGAGCGAGCAGGUAAAAACCUCUCCCUCUUCAACUCCUUCUACUUCUGCAUCGUCACCUUCUCCACCGUGGGCUUCGGAGAUGUGACCCCUCGCAUUUGGCCCUCUCAGCUGCUUGUAGUCAUCAUGAUCUGUGUGGCUCUAGUGGUGCUUCCUCUGCAGUUUGAGGAGCUGAUCUACUUGUGGAUGGAGAGACAGAAGUCAGGAGGGAACUACAGCCGUCACCGAGCUCAGACAGAGAAACAUGUGGUUCUGUGUGUCAGUGCGCUCAAAAUAGACCUGCUCAUGGAUUUUCUCAAUGAAUUUUACGCACAUCCCAGACUGCAGGAUUAUUAUGUGGUGAUCCUGUGCCCAAGUGAGAUGGACCUUCAGGUGCGAAGGGUGUUGCAGAUUCCUCUGUGGUCUCAGAGAGUCAUCUACCUGCAAGGCUCGGUCCUCAAAGACCAAGAUCUGCUGAGAGCAAAAAUGGAUGACGCCGAGGCUUGUUUCAUUCUGAGCAGCCGUAAUGAGGUGGAUCGCAUGGCAGCGGACCAUCAGACGAUCCUUAGAGCUUGGGCAGUCAAAGACUUUGCUCCAAAUUGUCCUCUUUAUGUCCAGAUACUCAAACCUGAAAACAAAUUUCAUGUCAAAUUUGCAGAUCAAGUUGUGUGUGAGGAGGAGUUCAAGUACGCCAUGUUGGCUCUGAACUGUGUGUGUCCUGCCACUUCCACUUUGGUCACGCUCCUUGUGCACACCUCCCGCGGACGAGAAGGACUGCAGUCCCCGGAGCAGUGGCAGAGGAUGUAUGGAUGUUGCUCCGGCAACGAAGUCUACCACAUUCGAUUGUGUGACAGCAAGUUCUUUGGAGAGUAUAAUGGCAAAAGCUUUACGUACGCCUCCUUUCAUGCUCACAAGAAGUAUGGCGUGUGUCUCAUCGGUAUAAAACGGGAGGACAACAAGUGCAUCCUGCUGAAUCCCGGCCCGCACCACAUCAUGGCUGCCUCAGACACCUGCUACUACAUCAACAUCACCAAAGAGGAGAACUCAGCCUUCAUCUUUAACCAGGAGGAGAGGAAGGGCCGCCCUGCUGGAGGAAUCUUUGACGGGCCUUCACAGCUUCCUGUGCACAGCAUCCUUGCCAGCAUGGGUACUGUUGCCAUAGAUCUUCAAAAUACAAGCCCACCCAACAUUUCUGGCGGUAAACUGGUUCCGCCUGCGGAAAACGGAACAGGCGGCCGGCGCCCAAGCAUCGCUCCGGUUCAAGAAAUAGCCGACUCUGCCUCGAUCCUCCCAUGUGACCUCUUAGGUGACCAAUCAGAAGACGACACUGUCCUUACAGACGAAAAAGGAUGCUCAUCUACUGAGUAUGUGAAAGGUUAUCCUCCUAACUCUCCGUACAUUGGGAGCUCACCCACCUUGUGUCAUCUGUUGGCUGAAAAAGCUCCGUUUUGCUGCCUACGACUGGACCAGGGAUGCAUGCACAACAGCUUUGAGGAUGCGAAGGCUUAUGGCUUCAAAAACAAGUUGAUCAUCGUGUCGGCAGAGACUGCAGGAAAUGGUCUCUAUAACUUCAUUGUGCCUCUCAGAGCUUAUUACAGACCCCGAAAAGAGCUGAACCCUAUUGUGCUGCUGCUGGAUAACCCGCCUGAUAAUCACUUCCUGGAGGCCAUUUGCUGUUUCCCGAUGGUGUAUUACAUGGCUGGCUCCAUAGACAACCUGGACAGCCUUCUCCAGUGUGGUAUUAUCUAUGCUGAUAACUUGGUUGUUGUGGAUAAAGAGAGUACGAUGAGUGCCGAGGAGGACUACAUGGCUGAUGCUAAAACUAUUGUCAAUGUGCAGACCAUGUUCAGGCUGUUUCCUAGUCUCAGUAUCAUCACAGAGCUUACUCAUCCAUCCAACAUGAGGUUCAUGCAGUUCAGAGCAAAGGACUGCUAUUCGCUGGCUCUCUCCAAGCUGGAGAAGAAAGAGCGUGACAAAGGCUCCAACUUGGCCUUCAUGUUUCGUCUGCCCUUUGCUGCAGGCAGAGUGUUCAGUAUCAGCAUGUUGGACACCCUCCUUUAUCAGUCUUUUGUGAAGGACUACAUGAUUCUUAUAGCAAGGCUGCUGCUUGGACUGGACACCACUCCAGGAUCAGGAUAUCUCUGUGCUAUGAAGAUAAAAGAAGAAGAUCUCUGGAUCGGCACUUAUGGGAGAUUAUUCCAGAAACUCUGCUCCACCAGUGCUGAAAUUCCUAUUGGAAUCUUUCGCACAGAGUCUCACGUUUUCACUACUUCAGAGUCACAGGUGUCAAUGAGUGUCGAUGACUGCGAAGACACAAAGGAAAGGGGGGAAGAGUCCCGCACCAACGACCAAACGGAUCACCCCCUGCUCAGGAAGAAGAGCAUGCAGUGGGCGCGGCGUCUGAGCAAGAAAAGCGUGAGGUGGCAGGGCGUGAGCCGCGACUCGAGCAAAGACCAUGCCCAGCGCAUCGCUCAGCAGCGUCUCAACCUCUACAGACGUUCGGAGAGGGAGGAGCUUUCUGAGUUGGUCCGCAAUCGCAUGAGGCAUCUGGGCCUCCCCACCUCUGGAUAUGAUGAUCUGACAAAUCUGACAGCCAGUGAUGUCAUGAACAGGGUCAAUCUGGGAUACCUACAAGGUGAAAACCCUGAUCCCAUGUCAGAUGAGGUUGGGCUGAAUAUUAAAAGUUAUUUAUUUACUUCUGGGCUGAUUGUUUAUGUUUUUGUUUCAGAUGAGCAGAACGACCACCAGAACACCCUGUCCUACGUACUCAUUAACCCGUCUCCCGACACCCGGCUGGAGCUUAAUGACAUUGUGUACUUGAUCCGUUCAGACCCACUGGCUCAUGUCCCAGAGGAACCCCCUGUCCACAGCAGCAGUCUGAAAGAGAAAUGUGAGUCCAGCGUGGACACCAAAGAGGACACCCAACUCUAACACAAUGUUGGCCUUUAACUGGUUCGCAUCCCCCAGAUCACUCCUUUGUUUAUAUCAGAGUUCUGGUUCUGGCCACAGGCCCAGUCUGAAUGAUGGCAGCAUUUGAAUCUCAGCUCUGCAGUCUACAAAUGUAUUAAGUGAAUUUGAGUGUGUUACGGCUACCAGCCUGGCCACUGGGAUGUAGGAGCCAGGAUCACCCAGCCCUGGUGAUCAGCCCAACACCGCCCCUCCUCCUCCUCUCUUCCAGGCUGCUGAGGAGCACAGCUGAGCUGAAUCCUCCUGAUGACCCACACCUGGGAUAAAAAGGCUGUGCCCUCAGUAGUCUGGGAGGCAGCAGUGCAGGGGUUCUGCUGUCCUCCAUGCCUCAUUUUGUUUUCUGCCCCUUUGUUUGUGAUGAGUUUUAACUUUUAAAGUUUUAACUCUGAGUUUAGGAGUUUAAAGGGAUUAACUUUGAGUGAUCCAUAGUGAUCUUUGGUUGAUGUCAACUUAGUUGACUAAUUUAAGGUUAACGCUGCUUUGGUUUUUAGACUUUUAUCAACUUCGUUGUGUUUUAAAACACCUUCAGUUUAGGUAAAACUUUUAAUGAAGUUUUAACCAGGUGUUUUAUAAAGUUCAUAAGUUGUCUUUUAACUGUUAGUGAAUUUUUCGUUUAGCAUUAUGUUAAUAAUGUGAGGUGUUAAAAUGUGAAGGAGGGGGUAACAUAAGAAUUGCAACAGUGGAUUUAAAAUGGGUUUAAUUGUUAUAAAAGGUUCUAAAAACAAGUGCAAACAGAUGGCGAGCAUUAUUCAAAUAAUGCAAAACAAAAAAUUCACUAAGGUUAACAGUUUAAAGACAGCUUAUGAACUAUAUAAAACACCUGGUUAAAACUAUUAAAAGUUUUACCUAAACUGAAGGUGUUUUAAAAAAAAACACAACGAAGAUGAUAAAAGUCUAAACCAAAGCAGAGUUACCCAUAAAACAGUCAACUAAGUUUGACAUCAACCAAAGAUCCCUAUGGAUCACUCAGUUUUUCCCUUUAAACUCCUGAACUCAAGAGUUAAAAGGAAAAACUCUUCACAAACAAAGGGGUUGAAAACAAAAUGAGGCCUGGAGGACAGCAGAACCCCUGCACUGCUGCCUCCCAGACUACCUCUUCUUCUUUUGUCGUUUAAUUGGCGGGUGGCAACCAACUUUCAGGUGCAUUUCCGCCACCUACCGAAUGAGAGUGUGAGUUGAAGUGGGGAGUAUCCUACUAAAAAAAAAAAAAAAACUAAAUUCUGUUAAGUAUUCCACUUUCCCUUAAGUCUAUGACUAACUUAUAAACCACUAUUCCCCCAUUUAACAGAAUAUUCAAAUCAAAUUUCUUAUAUCCUUUAACUUUUAAUUUUUCAACUAACAUUUUCCUAUUCCCCACGUAUUUUCUUCAUGUACAUAAUACAUGUUCUACUGUUUCCCUAGCAAGUCCACAGUCACACAUACCGGUAAUAUGCCGUCCAAGAAUAAAAAGCGUACUGUUCAAAGCUGUAUGUCCCAUUCUCAUCCUUGUUAUCACUGCUUGAUUUCGGUUACUCAUUUAAAUGACUUCCAUUCUUCCAACCUUUCCCUUUAAAUUUGUAUAAAUGUCUUCCUUUCAUAUCCCUUAUCCAUUGUUCUUGCCGUUCAUCCACAAUCUGCUGUCUAAUAACUGAUUUCACUUCUGCAACACUAUAUGGAACCUCCAUAGUAUCCAGUUUCAUUGCCUGCUUUGCAUAAUAAUCAGCUUUUUCAUUACCCUCUACUCCACUGUGAGCUGGAACCCACAUAAACCUAACCUCUGAAUUAGUCUUCAUCAACCUAAACAUGCACUCAAAUAUUUCAUACAAAAUGUCUGACCUCUUAUCAGCUGACAUUUCUUUAAUUGGUAACAAUACUGACAUGGAGUCUGAGCAAAUAAUACUUUUCCUAACACCAUUUUGUUCUAUCCACUGUAAACUAAAUGAAAUGGCUAACAUUUCCACUGUAGAAACUGACAGAUUAUUAGAUGUUCGACUUUCAUGAUAUAUACUAAAUUUCGGAAUCCAGAAAGAAAAUCCUGUUAUAUUUCCUGACUCUUUCGACCCGUCAGUAUAUAUAGGGAUGAAUGCUUGAUGAGUGUCAUUGAACCUUUCUUCCACAAUAUCAUCCCAGUUUCCCGCACCUUUCCGUAUAUUAAUUUCAUUUUGAAUAUGAAAAUCUAUCAGUACUUUUGGAAAUAACCAAAACGGAGAAGGCGAAUAUAAAAAUGUCUUAACAACUUUAUCAUUUAAUUUAAAGGCUUCCUCCAAUUUACACGAUUUCUUAGCCAUACUCUCAUACUUUCCAUUGAAACAUUGCCCUCCUACUUUCAACUCUCCCUUAACCAUGUGCUCAUCCUUUUCACUACCUUGUACACUAGUCCAAUAAUUUCAUUUCAGCAACUUGAAUCUUAAAUGGCAUCGCUCCCAUUUCCACUUGUAAGGACACUAUCGGUGUGGUUCAUUGCUCCACAACAAAUUCUUAAAGCCUGACUUUGAAUAACUUCAAUCUUCUUCAAUAAUGUUUUACUUGUGGAACUACAUACAAUACUACCAUAAUCAAUAACCGAUCUGAUCAUUGCUAUAUAUACCUGUUUUUAAAGCCUUGGUACUAGCCCCCCAAUCAUUACCCCUUAAACACCUCAUAAUAUUCAUUACCUUUUUACAGCUUUCAACUAUGUUAUUAAUAUUCUCCUUCCAAAUCAACCUUUCAUCAAAUAUAACACCCAAAUAUCUAAAACUAUGAACUUACUCCAAAGGUUCCCUCUAUAAUUUAAGCUCAAUUUUAACAUUUUUCUUUGUAAAGACCAUACUUUUUGUGUUGUCCACUGAAAAUUUAAAUCCCCAUUCAAAUGACCAAUUCUCUACUUUUAUUAUUGCUUCCUGAAUCUUCUUCUGCAAGUAUUGAAUGUUCCUUCCUCUUUUCCAUAAUAUUCCAUCAUCUGCAAACAAUGCUUUCCCAACAUCAUAUCCUAUCUCUUCAAUGCAUCAUUGAUCAUAAUAGAAAAUAGAACAGGACUGAUCACACUUCCCUGUGGCGUCCCAUUGUCAACCCUAUAACCCUCUGACAAUCUAUCACCUAUUUUUAUCUGAAUGUAUCUAUUAAACAAAAAGUCCUUAAUCCAAUCAUAUGUUCUUCCCCCAUCUCCAACUUUUUAAAUUUAAUCAGCAAGCCCUCCUUCCACACCAUGUCAUAUGCUUUCUCAAUAUCAAAAUAAGCCAUAACUAAACUCUCUUUAUUGUUUUGUGCUUUCCUAAUGUCAUUUUCCAGACUCACUAUGGUGUCCAUCGUUCCUCUGCCAGUUCUAAACCCAUUUUGAUAUUUCAUUAACAAAUUCCUACUUUCUAAAUAAUAAUUUAACCUUUCCGUAAUCAUUCUUUCCAUUACUUUACCUAUAUGAGAUGUUAAAGCUAUCGGUCUAUAGUUCUCCGGAAUACUUGGAUCUUUCCCAGGUUUAAUUAUCUGAAUUAUUACUGCCUCUUUCCAAUUUUUUGGUAAUUUCUCUUUUUCCAGACUUUUUAUAUAACUCCAACAGCCUUCCCUUCAACUUAUCCCCUAAAUGUUUAAGCAUCUCAUAAUUAAUAUCAUCCUUACCAGAUGAUGUUACUUUAGUUCUCCCCAUCGCUCACUGUAGUUCAAAAACUGUUAAUGGAGCAUCAAUUGUCGUCAGUCUCCGCCCACCAUCAUCUUCAACAAUAUUAGUCCUUCUGGUUUCUUCUCUUCUUCUCCAUCUAUCUUCUGACAAAUUAUCAUCACUAUUAAUUUUUAUAAAAGCUUUAGCCAACAUUUCAGCUUUUUCUUCAUUGCCAAUAGCAACCUCUACACCUACUUUGAGAACCGGGUAUCUAAACUCUCUAUAAACUCCCUUCAUUUUCCUUAUCAUACCCCAAACGUCACUUACAGACGUAGUUCUUCCUAUUUUAUCUCAAAACCCUCUCCCAAUUUUCUCUUUUCGCUCUCUUAACUACUCUUCUUGCUUCAGCCUGUAAUCUUUUAUAUUUUAACAAACUGUCAAAAUUAUGAGUCUGUCUCAAAACUUUCAUACUUUUAUUUCUCUCUUUAAUAGCCUUUUCACAUUUUUCAUUCCACCAUGGAACAUUCUUCUUUUUCAUGGUCCCUUUACUUUUAGGAAUAGUAACGUCCGCCGCUUCAAUUAUCACUCUCCGAAAAAUUUGUUCCACUAUGUCUAUAUCCUCUUCCAUAUUAAUCCUUCCAUUCUCUUCUUCACACAUAUUUCUAAAUUUAGCCCAAUCAGCUUUUUUAAAUACCCAACGACCAUCACUUUUGUCCAGAGAUACUUCGUUACUCCUAUAGUUUUGUAAAAAUUAUAUAAUGAUCACUCCCCAGAUUACGUUCCCGAACUUCCCAAUUACAGUUUUCCACUAACACUAUUGUUAGAUCUAUAGCCGAGGUUUUACCCGUAGUUACGUUUAUCCAUGUCCCUCUACCAUCAUUUAUACAGACUAAAUUCAUAUAAUCCAUGAACUCAAUGAUUUCCCCAUUCUUAUCCUCCUUAAUUCCUCCCCACAAAGAACUAUGAGAAUUAAAAUCCCCACACAUUACCACCUGAUCAUAAUUCCCUUCCAUAAUUAAUUUAAGCUUAUUAAUAUCCAAUUUUUGCAUGGAUUACAUACAACUUAUUAUUUACAUACAUUUCUAUUCCUAUAUAUUCAUCAGUUCCUAUUUUAAUUAUUCUAUAAUUCAGACUAACAUGAAUAAAAGUAGCACAACCUCCUCCAAUACCAUCUUCCCUAUCACAUCUAAUUAUUGUGUACGGAUAAUUUAAAUUCUAAUUGUUUAUUUAACCAAGUUUCUUGAACACAAAUAAUAUCUGGUUUCUUCAAUAAUUCAUCAAUAUAUCUUUUAAAUUCUUGUCCGUUAGCAAUCAGACUCCUAGCAUUCCAUUGUAAAAUCCCUACCAUUCACUAUCCCAACCCCUCUUGACUGGAACUCGCACUAAGGUUGUUCCUGACCUCCUCCCAUGACAACUCAGUAAUGUCCAGAUGAUGAACAGCUGCUUUCACAAUAUCCUUUCCGUUUUUUAUUUUGUUUCCAUCGUUGCAUUUAAUACUCCUGCAAUGAAAGUCACUAAUUUCUUAACAUCUAUCCACACUUUUCCAGCCCGUCCAGAUCCUUGAGCUGAAUCUUGUGGCAUCAUGUCAUUCAUUCUCACUGGAGCCUCUCCCACCAAUUUAACUGCUUCUGUUUAAGAAACUUUACUUUGAACUUUUGUACGUUGUACCUGAGUUUCCCUCCUCAUCACCAGGUAACCUGCAUAAGCUACACUAUGUCCCCCCCCCCCCCCCCCCCCCC